AUGUCGAACCAGGCUCUCCUUCGUAUCGGACGGGAGAUCAGCCAGAUCCAGCAGGGAGCAGACCUCUCUCUUGCCGUGGCUUGCCAGGAAGCAGACAUCCGGAAUGUAAAGGCUCUGAUCGUUGGGCCGCCUGGGACUCCUUAUGAAUUUGGCUUCUUCGAGGCAAUGACCACCAACGGUGGCAGAUGCCGUUUUAAUCCUAACAUCUACGCGUCUGGAAAAGUUUGCGUAACAUGGGAAGGAAGUAGUGGAGAACAGUGGUCCUCAGCACAGGGACUGGAGUCCAUCUUGAUCUCUAUCCAGAGCUUAAUGUCUGCCAACCCAUAUGAAAAUGAGCCAGGAUUCGAGAACUCCAAGUCACCUAGUGAUCUUAAAGCGAUGGAGAGCUAUAUUGCUAAGAUUCGGCAUGAGAAUAUAAGAAUAUCAGUAAUCCAGCACCUGGAAGAAUGGCUCGGUAUCCAACCUGAUGGCACAAUUGUGCCACCGUCUGCAGAAGGUACUACAGAAGAUGAAGAAAUGUUUGGAAGUGAAGAUUACCAGCCUCCAUUUGAACCAUUCAAAGAUCUCUGUAAACGACGGUUUCUCUGGUACUACGAGACAUAUAAGAACACUAUGGCUGAAGCAGAGGCAAAAAGCCCUGUUGGUUCACGCUUCCAGAGAAUGCAGUUCGAAUUCACUGGGAACACGAUGGACGGCCACUUCAACUAUACAGAAUUAGCCAAACGACUGGACGUCAUCAAGGAUGCUAUAUUGAAAGAAACAGACUCCUGGGCAGAAAUGGGUCUGAAAGCAAAGAAAAACGAGUCAAGGAUCGCUGUCAACCUACAACGGCAAUACGAGCAGAUAGUCGAGGACCUGAAAAACAAACGACACUUCACUAUCGACAUCUCUUUACAUGACGGUAACCCCCUCGUUUGGCAGUUGACCUACUUUGGUCGGCCCAUGUCACACCUCGACGGUGGAAUCUUCAGAAUCAAGAUCGCACUUAGCCCGAAUUUCCCAGACGAGCAACCUCGAGUCAUUGUUCAAACCCCGUUAUUCCAUCAUCGCAUCUCAAAGGACGGCAUUCUCUGCUACUUUCCAAAAAAACUAGAGGAUAUGAAAGCACAUGUCGAGGCGAUCCUCGAAGCUUUGGAGGACGAAUCUCCUCCAUAUGAUCCCCGGGCAACUGUGAAUCCGGAAUGCUCCAAGCUCUUCUGGGGCUCUGUAGAGGACAAGAAAAAGUACAACCGCAUGUUAAGACGAUCAGUUCAGCGCAGCAUAGAUAUAGAGAAUGAUAUCGUAACCGUAACCCCUCUUAAAACGACUUUAAAUACUUCUGAGGUCUCAAUUUCGGUUCUUUAG